UGAUAACGUUCGGCUAUCAAUCUUGUCGACAGUUGGUUUUUUAUUUUCAGUGACAAGCCGUCGUUCAUUAUUGCUGAUUGGAUUGAAGGAGAGAAGGAAGUAUUGGGGAAAACAAUUUCAUUAUCACGUCAGUAGAAAAAGUGGAGAUAUAUUUCUGUUUAUUUGGAAUAUAUUCAACAUAUGAGUCUAUUCAGAAUUCGGUACUGGAUUAAAGAUAUAUUAUUCAAAGGCUGCAAUCAUGAUCAAAAAUUGGACCUAUAAGAUAAGAUAGAAGAUAUAAGAUAUAUAUUAGAUAUUUGGCCUGAUUAACAAAUAGUUCAACGAUGGAUCUCAAAAUUAUGUAUUUAUUCUUAAGUUACCUGGCUUCGACCAUGGCACAAGAAGACUGGGAAAAGCACUGUAACAAGUGCCAUUGUCUGUGGGUGAGCGGGAAGAAAUCUGCAAAUUGCGCAGCUAGAAACUUUGAUACCAUUCCAAACGACUUAAGUGGCGAUAUUCGAGAAGUUGACUUUUCCAACAACUUCUUCUACUCGUUGGAUCAAAGGGUGUUCGAGAACGCCCAUUUAGUAAAUAUACAUAAAUUAAAACUACAAAAUUGUACCAUAGAAAAAAUCCACCAGUGGGCGUUUACUGGUUUAGGCUUAGUGAUUGAGCUAGACUUAAGUACAAACAAUAUCGUUACGCUGAACAAGUACGUAUUUCGACCUACUGUUAGAUUAAGGACUCUAAUAUUAAGCCAAAAUAGGAUACAGAUAUUAGAAGAUGAACUAUUUUCUAAUUUGACUUAUCUACAAAAAGUUCUGUUGGACCACAACGAAAUUGAGACGGUUUCGCAGGAAACGUUUCGAAACCUUCCAAACCUAAAAUUCGUCUCUUUGUCAUUUAACAAAAUUGAGCGAAUUACUUUCGAUAUAAAAGAGCAGUUGCCAAAAUUGUCCAGCUUGAAUGUCGAGAACAACAGGUGGAUAUGCGACUGUGAGCUAGACAUUUUCAGAAGGAGCGUGAAACACAAUAAGUUGAUCACUGAUAAAGUAAUAUGUUCUGGUCCCAAAAGACUGGAAAACCAGUCUUGGCUUGAAGACUCUGUAGUUUUUGCAUGCUCUCCAAAAAUAAUGGAUGUAGGACCGUACAGUACAGUUCAAGCUGCUACAAACAACGUUACUCUUACAUGUAAAGUUAUAGGCGACCCAACUCCUGAUGUUGACUGGAUCAAUAAUGGACUUAUAAUCGAACGAGACCCUAGGAAAGACAAACAAAAAUAUUUUACAUUUAAAGAAACCAUCGGUGGUUAUACUUGGAAUAACUUGACUAUCGUUAAUUUAAAUUACAAAGACAAAGGAGAGUAUAAGUGUAUCGCUAAGAAUCCUGGUGGAUAUACUGAAAGAAAUAUUACUCUAGAUAUCCUUCCAGGGGCUCUAACUGGUGGUGGAAUUGUUGGAACGCUAUCAACCAGCACAACUCUCGUAAUUGGACUUACAGUUGGCCUUAUUAUACUUCUAUUUCUUGUGCUGAUUGCGCUAUUCUGCUUUUGCAGAAGAAGUACCCAUGGAUUUUAUUCAAAGAGAAGACCCAAUGCUACUACGUCAGAGGAAUACAUAAAUAUGAGCACUGGACAAGCGGAGAUUAAGAAAGGGCUUAUUACAGAUGUUAAUCCAGUUACCAAACCGCCUCGUACAUCAGUUUCGCCGUCAGUUGUUAGUGGAGGUACUGAAGUCAGCGAUGUUAAGAAGACUUUAUUGGAUAACGAAUCUGUUUUUGAUGGCGAUGAAGAUUCUCGAUCCUUUGAUUUCGACCAGCCCCAUCGAAAAGGUCAAAUUAUGCUGGACACUGGACCUAAUCAUUACCCACCAGAUCUACUACCAUUUCCUCCUAGGUUGGCUCAGGUCUCACCUGCUGGAAGUUCUGCAUCUACUGUUGCAGAUACAACCCGUCUUCCACCAACUCAUGGCCCGCAGUCUCCUCUUCACAGUCCAAUCUACGAUCAACUGAAUCUUUACCGUACAUUGCCCUACUCCAGAUCCCAUUCUCCGUUUGUAGGACCCCCAGCUAGAAUACCUCGAACGGGAUACGUUACAAUUCCAAGACGUCCAAGAAUGCAAAGUUGGAGUUCUGAACCACCCAAUGUUGAGGAACUGAUAGCGGAACCAUUAUAUGACAAUCUGGGUGCCAGAACUACUGCCGACGGUGGCACUAGUACUUUGUCUUUAAACAAAUUGGACAGCACUGCCAGUACUCCAAGAUCCAUUCGACUCUUGCCUCUGAGUCCAACAAACUGCGAUCCAAUCGCUGAGAGUCUCGAGUCUCCGCCCAGCCAACCUCUUGCCAGCCAAACUCUCCCUAGGAAUUUACAUGCAACCAAAUUAACGCCAUCGAAGCUCCAGUGGACGAAAGACAACGCAGAUGCUUUACGUAGCCCCGAAAAGAGAAACUCCAUGUCUUCCUUGCCAGCUGACGGACAGCCAAUUAAGAAAAUUCCUCCCAGGCCCCCACCAAAACCUAAGAAACGUAUUUCGACUGGACCACUGUUUGAGGACGAAGGUGAAGAUGGAACGGAAGUGUGAGAUUGGCUUAAAUCAGUGCGAGUAGCACUGGUUGUGACAUAACGUGGUCCAAACUUGUAGUGAUAGCUUCUGAAAGACAGCUUGGACUGACUGAAUAAAAAUUACGAAACAGUGCCUUAAUUAAAUUUGAAAAAUGAAUAAUAGAUUUUAAUUCUUCUUUUGGAGGAGCAAAAUUUAUAUAUGAAACAUUUUCUUUAAAGAAAUAGACAGUUUCUUAGCCCUUA